AUGCUGGGAACAACCAGCCGCGCGGUUCGCAGGCUCUCCUGCUGCUCUAUCCGUCACCACCGUCGUCAAUAUCCUAAAAUCCUCGGGGAUUGGGGUGGCUGUGGCCUCGUUUCUCUCCCAAACGCCGGCAAAACGCUCCUAUCUCAGUCAUAUCCUCAAAACCCUGACACUAAUAAUGUCAAUACUUGUGUCGCCAUCGGAGCAUUCUUCUCCACGACAUCGGACCGUCUUGAUACUAAUUGCAGGCGUAACAACACCCCCACCUUCUCUGCCGCCGCUGAUACUAUUGGUUUUGACCGCCAUUUAGAAGCAGAGUCGGACGAUGAUGCUGACCAGCCACUGCGUGCUCGGACAACAACUACUGAGGCUGUGGUCGAUGCGCAUUCGGCUAUAGAGCUGGCUCUGGACUCGGUGGUUAAGAUUUUCACUGUGUCCAGCAGCCCCAAUUACUUCCUUCCCUGGCAGAACAAGUCCCAGCGCGAAACUACGGGUUCUGGAUUUAUUAUUCCUGGGAAGAGGAUUUUGACAAAUGCUCAUGUGGUGGCUGAUCAUACUUUUGUACUUGUAAGAAAGCACGGUUCUCCGACCAAGUAUAGAGCCAAUGUCCAAGCUGUUGGUCACGAAUGUGACUUGGCUAUAUUGGUUGUUGAACGUGAAGAAUUUUGGGAGGGCAUGCAUUUUUUGGAGCUUGGUGACAUUCCAUUUUUGCAGGAAGCUGUUGCUGUCGUUGGUUAUCCCCAAGGAGGGGACAACAUAUCUGUUACUAAAGGUGUUGUGUCUAGGGUUGAACCUACGCAGUACGUUCAUGGUGCAACCCAACUCUUGGCAAUACAGAUUGAUGCAGCCAUAAAUCCGGGGAAUAGCGGAGGCCCAGCAAUCAUGGGGGACAAGGUAGCAGGUGUAGCUUUUCAAAACCUCUCAGGUGCAGAGAAUAUUGGUUACAUAAUUCCUGUCCCUGUAAUACAACAUUUCAUAUCUGGUUUGGAAGAAAGAGGAAAAUAUGUUGGAUUCUGCUCUCUGGGUUUAUCAUGCCAACCUACCGAAAAUGUUCAACUUCGCGAACACUUCCGAAUGCAGCCUGACUUGACAGGGGUGCUUGUGAGCAAAAUUAACCCCCUUUCUCAUGCAUAUAGGGUCCUAAAGAAAGAUGAUGUUGUUCUCGCAUUUGAUGGUGUGCCCAUUGCAAACGAUGGAACAGUUCCUUUUCGAAACCGAGAGAGGAUAACAUUUGAUCAUCUAGUUUCUAUGAAGAAACCCAAUGAAUCUGCUGAAGUUAGAGUACUGAGGGAUGGUGAAGUGCAUCAGUUCAGUAUCAUCGUUAGUCCU